AUGGAUAUACGCUUCCCUUAUUCGCCGGCGGAGGUAGCCAAGGUCCGAGUCGUCCAAUUUGGUAUCCUCAGUCCUGAUGAAAUUAGGCAAAUGUCUGUAGUUCACAUAGAGCAUAGUGAGACAACGGAGAGAGGUAAGCCUAAGCCGGCGGGAUUGAGUGACCCUCGACUUGGGACCAUUGAUCGGAAGAUGAAGUGCGAAACAUGUAUGGCAAACAUGGCAGAGUGCCCCGGCCACUUUGGUCACCUUGAGCUUGCGAAACCCAUGUUUCAUAUUGGCUUCUUGAAGACCGUGCUCAGCAUUAUGCGUUGUGUUUGCUUCAAUUGCUCGAAAAUAUUAGCUGAUGAGGAUGAACCAAAGUUCAAACAAGCUAUGAGAAUAAGAAACCCUAAAAAUAGACUCAGAAAGAUAUUAGACGCCUGCAAAAAUAAAACUAAAUGUGAAGGCGGUGAUGAGAUUGAUGGACAAGGGCAAGAUUCUGAUGAACCAGUUAAGAAGAAAAGAAGUGGCUGUGGAGCUCAGCAGCCGAAAAUUUCUAUUGAUGGUAUGAAGAUGGUUGCCGAGUAUAAGCUUCAAAAGAAGAAAUCUGAUGACCAGGAACAACUGCCAGAACCUGUUGAGCGAAAACAACAACUUACUGCCGAAAAGGUUCUUAGUGUCCUGAAGAGAAUAAGCGAUGAAGAUUGUCAACUGUUAGGUUUGAAUCCAAAAUAUGCACGGCCCGAUUGGAUGAUUCUUCAGGUUCUUCCAGUACCUCCUCCUCCUGUUAGACCUUCGGUGAUGAUGGAUACUUCUUCAAGGAGUGAGGACGAUUUAACUCAUCAGCUAGCCAUGAUCGUUAGGCAUAAUGAGAACCUGAAGAGGCAAGAGCGAAAUGGGGCUCCUGCACACAUCAUUUCAGAGUUUGCACAAUUGUUGCAGUUUCAUAUAGCUACAUAUUUCGAUAAUGACCUGCCAGGGCAGCCAAGGGCCACUCAAAGAUCAGGUCGACCAAUCAAAUCAAUAUGUAGCAGACUGAAGGCAAAAGAAGGUCGGAUCAGAGGUAACUUGAUGGGUAAACGAGUGGAUUUCUCAGCUCGGACAGUGAUCACGCCCGAUCCGACUAUUAACAUUGAUGAACUGGGAGUACCGUGGAGUAUUGCUCUAAAUCUCACAUAUCCAGAAACUGUCACUCCAUAUAAUAUUGAAAGGUUGAAAGAGCUUGUGGAAUAUGGGCCUCAUCCUCCUCCAGGUAAAACUGGUGCGAAGUACAUAAUUAGAGAUGAUGGACAAAGGCUUGAUCUUCGGUACUUGAAGAAAAGCAGCGAUCAACAUCUAGAACUUGGAUAUAAGGUGGAGCGGCAUUUGAAUGAUGGGGACUUUGUCCUGUUCAAUAGGCAACCAAGUCUCCACAAAAUGUCCAUAAUGGGGCAUAGAAUCAAGAUCAUGCCUUACUCAACCUUCCGCCUAAACUUGUCUGUUACUUCGCCCUACAAUGCUGAUUUUGAUGGGGAUGAAAUGAACAUGCAUGUUCCCCAGUCAUUUGAAACUAGAGCGGAAGUACUUGAACUCAUGUUGGUUCCUAAAUGCAUUGUGUCUCCUCAAGCAAAUCGGCCUGUAAUGGGGAUUGUCCAAGAUACACUUUUAGGGUGCCGCAAAAUUACCAAAAGAGAUACAUUUAUCGAGAAAGAUGUUUUCAUGAACAUUUUAAUGUGGUGGGAGGAUUUUGAUGGCAAAGUACCAGCUCCAGCAAUUUUGAAACCUAGGCCUCUUUGGACUGGCAAACAAGUUUUUAAUCUAAUAAUUCCAAGACAGAUAAAUCUCUUGAGAUAUGCAGCAUGGCAUCAAGAAUCUGAAAAAGGAUUCAUAACUCCAGGGGACACUCAAGUUCGAAUAGAGAAAGGAGAGUUACUUUCUGGUACCUUAUGCAAGAAGACACUUGGAACUUCCACUGGAAGUCUUAUACAUGUUAUUUGGGAAGAGGUUGGUCCAGAUGCUGCUCGGAAGUUUCUGGGACAUACACAGUGGCUUGUCAAUUAUUGGCUUUUGCAGAAUGCUUUUAGCAUUGGAAUUGGAGAUACAAUUGCUGAUGCUUCAACAAUGGAGAAAAUAAAUGAAACUAUUUCAAAUGCAAAGAAUGAGGUGAAGGAGCUUAUCAGGUCUGCACAAGAAAAACAGUUGGAGGCUGAACCUGGUCGAACAAUGAUGGAAUCAUUUGAAAACAGAGUGAACCAGGUGUUGAAUAAGGCCCGUGAUGAUGCUGGAAGCAGUGCACAGAAGAGCUUGUCGGAAAGUAACAACCUUAAGGCUAUGGUCACUGCAGGAUCGAAGGGAAGUUUCAUCAACAUAUCACAAAUGACUGCUUGUGUGGGGCAGCAGAAUGUUGAAGGUAAACGAAUUCCUUUUGGAUUCAUAGACCGGACAUUGCCCCACUUCACUAAAGAUGAUUAUGGUCCAGAAAGUCGUGGUUUUGUGGAGAACUCGUAUUUAAGAGGGUUGACCCCCCAAGAGUUCUUCUUCCAUGCUAUGGGUGGUAGGGAAGGUCUAAUAGAUACUGCAGUGAAAACUUCUGAGACUGGAUACAUUCAGAGGCGAUUGGUUAAGGCCAUGGAGGAUAUUAUGGUUAAGUAUGAUGGGACUGUGAGGAACUCUUUGGGGGAUGUUAUUCAGUUUCUUUACGGGGAAGAUGGUAUGGAUGCUGUCUGGAUUGAAUCACAGCCACUGGAAUCUUUGAAGUUAAAGAAAUCAGGUUUCAAUAACAUGUAUAGAUAUGAGAUUGAUGAUCCAGAUAGGAAUCCUAGUUACAUGUUGCCGAAGCUGUGGAAGAUUUAA